AUGAUUUGGGAUUGCAGAAAUAGUGUUCAUCGUUUAUCUGGAUUAUUUGGUCUCACUUUUUUCUUUCUUUUAAUGUGUCUUUGUUCUUAUAAACCAACUAAAAUUAAAUGGCGUCCUGUUCUUUGGGGAUUUUUGCUACAAUUUAUUUUUGGAAUUAUUGUAUUACGUUGGGAAUGGGGUGCCAGUCGUUUUAUUGAAUUAUCUGAUAUGGCUAUGAUAAUGCUAGAUUUCACUUAUAAUGGAACAGAUUUUACUUAUGGUUUUCUUUCAACACCCCCAAAUAUUUGUGGAAUGGAGGCAGUUGUUGCUUUUAGGUUUCUCCAAGUAAUUAUUUAUGUUGGUGCUCUUGUCUCUGUUCUUUAUUUUUAUGGAAUUAUUCAAGCAGUUCUAAAAAGAUUAGCUUGGUUAAUGCAAUUUACUAUGGGGACAACAGCCACAGAAUCUUUAAAUGCUUGUGGUUGUGUUCUUUUAGGAAAUGCAGAAUCUCCUAUGCUUAUUCGUCCUUAUAUUGAGAAAAUGACUAAUUCUGAGUUACAUGCAAUUAUGACUACAGGCUUUUCGUGUAUUGCCGGUUCUGUUUUUGCCGUAUUUAUUAGUUUCGGUGCUUGUCCUCGUUAUUUACUCUCAGCUGCAGUAAUGGGUGCCCCAGGCUCUUUAGCCUGCUCAAAACUUCUCUAUCCAGAAACUGAGGAAUCUAUAACUAAAGGAGUUGAUGAUUUGGAUUUACCGCCAAGUAAAGAAAGGAAUGCAAUGGAAUGUGUGGCUUCCGGUUCUUUAGAAGCCGUUCAUUUAGUCACUGCCGUACUUGCUAGUCUAAUUUCCUUUGUAGCUAUUAUGGCUCUUUUAAGUGGUGUGAUUGAUUAUGCCGGCACUUUAAUUGGGCAUCCAGGGUGGAGUUUGGAGAUGUUAUUUGGAUAUGCCUUUUUCCCUAUUGCCUACUUAAUUGGAGUUACAGAAUUCGAACAAGCUUUGAUAGUUGGAAGGUUAUUGGGUGUAAAAAUAGCAGUCAGCGAUUUUAUAGCUUAUAAAAGACUUGGAGAAGUUCUCCAUCUUUUAACGCCUCGUUCUGCAAUGAUUGCAACUUAUGCUUUAUGUAGCUUUAGUAAUUUUAUUGCUGCUGGUGUACAAAUGUCAGUACUUGGUGGAAUGUCUCCCCAAAAGAAACCUUUAAUCUCUAAAUUAAUUAUGCGUGCUUUAAUGGCUGGUUGUAUUUCUUGUUUUGUUUCUGCUUGUAUUGCUGGUAUUUUAAUAGAAGAUCCAAUACUUUGCCAAAGAACAUAUGGCACAAAUUCUGGGAAAUGUUUUGAUAUAAAUGAACACCAAAGAUUUAUGGAAGAAAUUAUUAAACAGAGAAAUAUUACUGGAAAUAUUAUUUAA